AUGGAGACCCAAUCCGGUGUUCCAACAGUCGUAAGUUUUAGGAGAGGAGAUCUCUUAAUAAGCAAAACUUCUCAGAUCGGUGGCCUUUUGUUCAUAGAUCUACCUACUUCUUCGCUAUGCGAGUUGGAGUUGGAUCAAUUUUCUUUAUUCUGGGUUGCUGAUUGGAAGUUUUUUCCGGCUAAGCGAUCGAAUCUUUCAUCGUCCAGCAAUGACGUCAUGAUCGGUAUAUGGUCAAAGGAGAAGCGGAAGCAUGUAGAAGGUCGUCCAUGUGUUCUGUUCAUGAAAUUGGGCUUCAUAAAUGACUUGGGCCUUAUGCACCUAUUAGGUUUAUUUAUGUAUGUCUGUGUGUUGUAUUAA